AGCGAUAAUAUAUAGCAUGCGCUGUCGCCGCCGAACUUCUUGGUACGCUAGCGCCGCAUAUCCAUCAUGUCACCAAUUGUCUCUGAAGUCACGGGCGACGGUGCCUCGGACCCUAAACACGAGGGCAUCGACGAGAAAGCCGCGAUCAGUGUGGCUGCCACGGCCGAAAAGGGCCCUGGGAUUGAAGAUGACACCAGCAGCGAAGACGUCGUGAUCGUCACGGGAGCCGACGCUGCGAAGCACUUGUUGCCUCUUCGGGAUGACUUCGACAGUGCCCUAACUCUUCGCAGUAUCGUGCUGGCUUCGGGCUUUGCAUGCUUCCAGGCUGUGAUGAAUCAGAUCUACCAGUUCAAACCUACUUUAGUUACCAUCACAGGAACCUUCAUCGUCCUACUUUCCUACUUCGUUGGCAAUGCCUGGGCCAAUCUAUUACCCCGUGGUGAUAAAAUCGAGGCUCGCUGGAGGGCAAAAGGAAACCAGGGCAAGCUGCCCGCGUGGAUAGCUGUCGUGAAGUUCAUAAACCAUGGGCCAUGGUCUUUGAAGGAACAUUCGAUCUGCGCGAUCACCGCGGCAUCGGCCUCGAACGUGGCUGCUGCUUCGACAGUAUUCGCCGCUCAGAACUUGUUCUAUGACCUUCCUCUCAGCGCAGCGACUGUCGUCCUCAGUACCAUCUCGAUCGGUCUGUUUGGGUAUGGGCUCUGUGGAGUGAUGCGCCCGAUAGCUGUCUGGCACACAGAGGCUGUCUACUGGAGUACUUUGCCUACUGUCAAGACCCUACAGGGACUUCAUUGGCAGCAAGUGAAGAACUCAAAACCACUUAGAGUUUUCUGGUAUGCGUUCACGGGCAUGUCAAUUUAUGAAAUUAUUCCUGCCUACAUGUUCCCGUGGCUUAACUCGGUCUCUAUUCCGUGUCUGGCUGCCCAGAAGGCGACCGGAAGCAAGGCUUCUGUCCUCACCAAUCUUUUUGGUGGCGGUACCAAUAAUGAGGGCCUGGGUCUUUUCUCUCUUUCUUUUGAUUGGCAAUAUAUCACAUCGUUUCAAACAUCUCUUCCCUUGUCACUUCAAGUUCACCAAGCGGUGGGACUCUUCUCCUGCUUCAUUUUCAUGCUCGCAAUCUACUAUGGCAAUGGGUGGAAUUCUCGAUCCCUUCCAUUCAUGUCAACGAAGCUCCUAAAUGCCAACGGUACAUCCUAUCCCGUCGAAAGUGUAUUCCCCGGGGGCGUGCUUGAUGAGGCUCAAUUGGCCCUACAUGGCACUCCUAAACUCACAGGAACAUUUGCUUGGUCCCUGUUUUGUGCAAAUGCUGCUAUUGGAGCUUUGAUUGUCCACUGCAUCCUCUUCUGGGGCAAAGACAUCCGACGAGCCUACAAGAGCGCUAGGGCAGGCCGAUAUGACGAUCGGCACCAUGACCACAUGGCCACGCAUUAUAAAGAAACUCCUUGGUGGUGGUAUGCUUUUGUCCUAGUGGCCAGUUUCAUCCUCGGGUUGGUUGUGGUUAUCAAGGAGAACAUCACACUGCCUGUAUGGGCCUACAUAGUUGCACUUAUUGUUGGCAUUAUCAUUGCCCCGUUCAGUACCAUUCUUUAUUCUCGUUACGGCAAUGGUAUUGCCACGAACAACCUCUCCAAAAUGCUGGCUGGUCUGGCAAUCCCCGGAAAGCCAGUGGGUAACAUGUACUUUGCUGCAUGGUCUCACAAUGUGAUCUCAAACGCAGUGAACCUAUCAAAUGACCUCAAAAUGGGCGAAUAUCUCAAAAUUCCGCCUCGCGUCAUGUUCCUGACUCAGAUUUAUGGCACCAUCCUGGGUGGCUUUGUAAACUACGCCGUCAUGAUCUCGAUUGUGAACUCGCACCGCGAGCUGUUAGUUGACGGCAACGGCAACUCCUCCUGGAGUGGCGCCACCAUCCAGGCCUAUGUUAGUAACGCGACCUCGUGGGCCCUCUCGCCCCAUCUCUACAAGAUUGGGGGUCAAUAUUCCAUGGUACCAAUUGGUAUCGCGGUGGGUGCAGCCGUAGUCAUUGUACAUCGCUUCUUUUACCAAUUGAUCCCCCGUAUUGGAACCGUUGACAUAUCAGAGGUUAAUCUGCCUCAAUUCAUCCAAUACGCGGGAUAUAUCCCGUACAACCAGAGCCAGACCUGCGUUAUCUUCAGCUGGAUUCUCUCCGGCUUCUUCAUCCAGUUCUAUCUGCGCAACUACCGCCCGCGGAUCUUCAAGGACUACUCGUAUCUCGUGACUGGUGCUUUCGACGGAGCCAGUCUGACGGUGCUUUUCAUCUUGUCGUUUGCGGUUUUCGGGGCCGGUGGGAAAUCGUAUCCCUUCCCUUCGUGGUGGGGCAAUAAUAUCAAUGGAAAUCCUGACUGGUGUCCUAUUGCUGAUGAAUGA